AUGAAGCCUCCCGGUCACAAAGAGCAAUGGGGGAAGGGUCUUGUAAGUCUGCACAAAACAGUGAACGUCACUACACCGACCUGUCAAAUAGUCCAUGUCCUGCGACAGGCAGCAGAGAAAAUGCCGCUCAGACUCGAUGCUGACAAAAGCUUGGUUCAGAGUGGCAGGUUGUUAUACGAAAAGGCGAACAGUCCGAUAAACUAUUUUCGGCGCGCCCCUUUAUUUACCUACCAUACCCCUAACAACGCCACAUAUGAAGGCAAGAUCACCCCAUACACCUCAGUUUUAGGUAUCCCGGCAUACCGUAUUACAUCUGCCGCUCCCAGAUCUACCACUGGAAAGCGUCGCCUAUCAUCCCCAUCACCUCAAGGUCCGGCAAAAAUCCCAAAGGGCAUGCUACCGAUAACCUGCCAAGGCACUAGUAUGGAAGCCCUCGAGCAGCGGAGGAAGUACAACAAUGCCAUGAGGGUAUUUAAAAGGCACGUUCAUAGAGCACGCCUUGAGUCAGCACUCCAGACCAUGACAUACGACCCAGAAUUUGAUGCUCAUGAGUAUCUGCGAGAUGACAUUGCACACGAGCUUCGGAUACGCUCCCUGGAGGCCAUGAAACAGAAGUAUUGCAACCAAGAUGAGAUUUACUUUGCAGAGUACGCCAGCUAUCAUCAACCGCUACUCAACUACAAAGACAAGACUACCAUGGAGCACAAGCAAAUACACUCUAUUACAUCCAAUACGCAGUCAUUCAUUGGGCAAUGCGACAACACUCAGUACCAACUACGACCCAAAACAGAUGACACUAGAUUGUACGGAUCAGGAGAUGUACACAGUAACCAGUUAAAACGGCGAAAGAAAAUGUUGAUCGAUAUGCGCAUGGACCAGUGUUGUGAUGACGACGAAACAGCUGCGUAUGUGGCGAUGUAUGGCAUCUUCAGUAAGUUCAGGGGGAUGGAUAUCAAGCGUGCGACAAAGAUACCGCAUCUAGUUAAUGGAAUAUACAAUGACCUGGCAGACUUAGUCCAUCUGCGCCCUGCCCGAGCCUUCGAUGCAGAUAGCUCGUUUGACGCUAGAGAUGAGAUUGAAUCACUGACAAGUGAAAACGGCGAGGAUACUGAGCAUUAUAUUUCUGGGCUGUGUAAAAGAAACGCCUCCAAAGAAGCAAGCCGAUCUGAAGGGCCUCGUCGGGGCACCAUACACACACCCAAGACUGUACAAAGCAAGUCGAGAUCCAGACGCCAUCCUUACCCAAGCGUACAGUCCGAUAAGAGACAGACAAGCACCGGAUAUUUACAUCCAGCUCCAGGCAAACAGAAUCUCCCUGGGACCAUAGGUAGAGAGUCAUCUCCUGUAAUAUCUAAGGCUAGCCCAUUUAUUUAUCAAGCGCCUCCUAUUCAACAAGGAAAUCAGCAUUUCACCAGCUUUGCGGUCACCGACCAAUCUUUAGAAAGACCGGACGGGGGCCUGGGCGACAGGAUCGCAAACUACAUUCGCACAACAUUAGAACCGAUCGCCAUUCGUAGGGAAAGCGUUGAGGAUGGAUCUUCGAUACGAGAAAUAAGCGAGGCUUCCAUUGAUCUUUCGCCCUCGUCUAAGGACUAG